AUGAUAGAAAACAUUGAUUAUAACGAUUCUGAUAGUGAAUCUGUAGAUGAAAUCGAAAACUUUUCUAUUCUAAACUUCGAUAACGAUACAUAUCAAAAUGUUAAAGAUAAAAUAUUACAACUAGAUGGUGAUGAUAAUGAAGACUAUGACCUUAAUAGUGAAAUAAAAGAAAUUAUAUUACAUGAUGA